GAAUUCACGGCCAAAGAUGAAGUGAAGGCACUCUGGAAGGCGGCGGUGGUGGCGGCCACGGGCCCCAAGAAGGCCGAGAAGUUGAUCGACAAGGCGGGGCCAAUCUCCUUCCACGUCCCCACCUUGACCAACAAUGCCUUGCGUGCUUCGGAGGGCUUGCAAGUACCAGUCCGUGCGGAUUUACACCAGGGCACACCCGAUGUCACACCCAUCUCGCGGAGCUUGGGCUUGCACGCGCGUCCAAGAGGCUUCUCCUCGGGCUAUUCCACGCCACAGAGCAACCACAGCUCGGUCUCUCCCCAGCGUGUCUUCUUCGUGGAGUCGCCCAAACGAGUCCCGGUGGCCUGA